CCGUCCUCUCCCCGGGCGGGCGGGCGGAGCUGGCAUGGCAGCGCCGCGCUGAGCCGGGCCAUGGACCAGCACCUGCGGCGGCUCAGGCAGGAGCUGCUCUCCAUGAAGGAGGUGGGGGACGGGCUGCACGAGCAGAUGAACUGCAUGAUGGGCGCCCUGCAGGAGCUGAAGCUCCUCCAGGUCCAGACAGCUCUGGAGCAGUUGGACAUCUCGGGGAGCUGUGGCACCGUGCCUGGCACUGAGCAGCACCAGUGCUGCUGGAGCAGCAGAGACCUGCCCGGGGCCCAGCAGGAGCAGCGGCUGCGUGGGGAGGUGCUGCUGGAGGGGCACAGCUCCAGGUCCCUCGCCUGUGCUGGGCUGCAGCCAGAAGGUUUGUCCCAUCCUGCUGCGCUCCUGGAGAGCAACCGCCCCGGGGACACUCCCUCCUCCUUCAGGAGCCUCUGCAGCGAGGAUGUCUGCCCCCCAAAAGGACCUUCCUGCACCUGGAGCAGAGCAGAGCAGAUCCACCCAAGGACAUUUGAGCCCAGCAGGCAGGGCAGAGCAUGCCAGGAGUGCCCAGGCUGUGAUGAAGGCCACGACUGGACAUCCUCCCUCAUGUCCCAGAGCAGGAACCGGCAGCCGCUGGUCUUGGGGGACAACAUCUUUGCAGACUUGGUGGGGAACUGGUUGGAUCUGCCAGAGCUGGAUAAGAAGGGGGAGAAGGGCGAGGCCUCCCUGUCCAUCAGCAGGUCCCAGGAGCUCUGCAGGAAGUUCUCCCUCACAGCCAACAUCUUCAAGAAGUUCCUGAGGAGCGUGCGGCCAGACCGGGACCGGCUGCUGAAGGAGAAGCCUUGCUGGCUGCCCCCCGAGGACAAGCAGCCUGCAAUUGCUAAGAGACCCAAAAAGAUGAACAAACUCAAGGGCACAUUUUACUUCCCGCUUCAUGGGAGCAUCCAGAACCAUCACAGCAAAGCUGAGAGGUGCCCAAAGGCAGAAAGCAACAGCGAGAAAGGCAAAACUGGCCCCAGGAAGGUUCCUGAUACCUUAGACUACAGCCAGUCCGGGUUUGACAUCAACACAGCUGUUUGGGUCUGAGCUUGUCCAUGUUCUCUGCUCUGCUGAGCACAUUUCCCACCAGACAGGAGCUGGAGGCUGUCCACAGCUCUUCAGGAGAGCCCUGAGCUCCAACUGGACUGUGAUGAGGAACCCUCUGCGUAGCUGUGGGCUUCAGCCGCCUGCAAGUGGCAUCCUCUGGAGAACUGCAGCUUCAGGAGCUGGCCCAGCCCCUCCUGGGGAGGCUUUUGGGGACUGAGAGUUGCUAAAACAAUCACAGCCUUUAGCUGCUUUAGAGUGAGUGGUGUCAGGGAUGGCUUGGGGGUAGCCUCUUCAGCCCCAUGCCAUUGUUAAAGGUUGGAGGAGCUGAUCCUUGGGGUCCUUUCCAAGCUGCCAUCCUGUGGGAGCUGCAGCACAGGCACCCCCCCCACCCCUCCAUGUGUGUGUCCAGGUCUGCAAACACACCCCUAGUUUUGUGAACGAGAUCUGCCCCUGCUCCUGUGCCCUUGGGCCCCCUGGUCUCUGACCCACUUUGAAGCCCUCUGCCUGGAGUUCUUCUUCAAUUGGAGGAACUGAGUUUGGAUUUCUGAGGCUGGAGCAGCUCCAGGUGGGGGUGUGGAGCCCCAACUUUGCUGCCUUUCAGCUGUCAGUUGCACCCCAGUUGCACUCCCGGCACCUCUCCUUGCCCUGCCAGUUAAAGCAGCAGCACACAAGGCUCUGCUGGUGGCAGUCUGUGACCUCCAGUGGGUCUUGCUCCUCUCCCAGUGCCCUUGUCCCUGCAGGUCACACCAGCUGCAGCAUUGCACAAGUUAGCUGUUGGAGUUGCUCUGAGACACCUUUCUGCAGCAGACCUUGUUUGUCGUUGUUUCCUGUGGUGUACAACCCCCUCUGGGCACAGCCAGGCUCUCCAGUGCCACCUGGCCCAGCCUUACCAAUAAAGUGUCCCCAGUCUCCA